AUGUCUCACCCGCGGGUAGAAGAAGUCUCCGACAGCGACCCAGACAUCAUCUCCGACCCCGACGAGGUCGACCUCGACGACUUUGCCGAAACAGACAUCAUCCGCGCCCGCGGCCCCAGCACCCAGAAGCAGCGCAUCGUCGACUCCUCAGAUGACGACGACGAUGGCCUCAACGACCUCAACGCCGCCGCCGCCCGCGCCCAGCAGUUCAUGAACCCCAUGUCGGGCCCGGGCAUCUCGACGCUGCCCGCCACCUCGGACCGCUCCGCCUUCGCCAACCACCAGUGCCUGUACCCAGUCUACUUCGACGCCUCGCGCACCCGCGCCGAGGGCCGCCGCGUCAGCGCCGCCCUGGCCGUCAAGAACCCGCUGGCGCGCGAAAUCGCAAACGCCUGCUCGCGCCUGCGCCUGCAGACGCUGCUCGAGCCCGAGAAGAUCCACCCCAAGGACUGGUCCAACCCGGGCCGCGUCAAGGUCGCCCUCAAAAAGGCCGGUGCCUCGGCGUCUACAAACAUCGCCAACAAGCACCACCUGUACGUCCUCGUGGCCAAGCACCUGCGCGAGAACCCGACGACGGAGGACUCGCCCGGCCUGCGCCUGCGCUUCGGCAACCAGAUGCAGCCGCCAGAGGACAAGCCCUACCCGAAGCCCGCCGUGCCGCGGGGCUGGAAGAUGAACGAGUAUCUGCCGUACCUGAGCGCUGCGAUGACGGGCGGUGGCGUCUCGGAGAACCUGUUCAAGGACAUGAUGAAGGAGAUGCAGGGCGGCGCCGAUCCCAUGGCUGCGCUGCUUGCGAGCCAGGGUGGUGGCGGCGGCGGCAGUGGAGGCGCGAGCGGUGCGGAGGAGGGCAAGAAGAAGAAGAAAGAUAAAAAGGGCAAGGGGAAAGCUUGA